AUGACCAAACGUCCACCAUCAUCUCGGGAUUCGCAAGAGCCAGAACCCAAGAUCCAGCGCAUAGACAACAUUUUUAGUAACAUGAGGCUAAGAAGAAUCGUCAAAGAGAAUCAUGGACAUGACAUUUCUCAAUUGUCCUUUUUCAAUGACCAUUUGAGCAAGAAAUCAGCAAAGCAAAUCGAUACCAGUAAUGUACUUGCUUCAGUGGGAGGAUGCCAGUUGAGCGUGUACGAUAAUGAGCAUUGUGGAGACCAUCUAGACAUCAUGUCAAACUUUGAUAUCACACCAUCGCAUGAAAAGCAGGAAGCCAGACACAGGCUAAAGACGGUAUGCUGGUUUUAUAGAGAGAGCGGCGAUGCAUUGAUGGCGACAGCAGGUGCUGAUGCCAUGAUACAUGUAUUGAGCUUAGCCAACUCGGAGGAGAUCAUCCUUUUAACAGGGCAUACAAGCACAGUAAGUGAUCUUCAAUCACAUCCAUUGAACGACCAUUAUAUGCUAUCCACAUCCAAGGACGGCACUGCGAGAUUAUGGGAUCUUCGCCAAGAGAGAUGUCUCGUUGUAUUCGAGGCAAAUGCUGCCCUGUCUAUCUCUUGUUUUCAUCCUUCAGGUACCACAUUUAUCACUGGAAGCGAGCAUGGUGACAUCUAUGAAUGGACUAUCCCGUCGCUCGACAACUCCAUUAGCAAUGAUUCACCAGUAAGAGUAUCUAAACAGGAGGCACGCAUUUUCAACAAACUACAUGGCAGCAAGUAUAUGGACUGCAUCCGCUAUGCGAAUGGCAAUCUCCUUACAAAAUCAGUGGACAAUCAGUUGCAUUACUGGCGACCGGAUACACAGGAGAUUAUUCACUCUUUUUCCAUCGCAUCCCAAGAGAACAACCAUUCAAGAUUUGAUGUGAGCAGAGACGGACACUACUUGUGUGUGGGGUCACAUCAUGGCUAUGUGUAUGUGUUCGAUAUACAUACAGGUGAUCUGCUGGCAGAGCUAUGUCAUAAGAAGGCAACCAAAGCAGUGCGAUGUAGUGUCUUUACUCGAGACUGCAGGCAAAUUGUAGUCGCUGGUGAAGAUGCAUUCAUCAUGAGAUACGAUUACAUUGAUAGAAAGACUUUGGAUGAAUGGGCCAAGUGGAGGAAGUCUAAGUGA